AUGGCCGAAGCUGUAGUGGAUGGCACUUCAAUGUCCCGAUUUUUUUGUCACAAAUGUAGCAUUGAGAUUGAACGUUUAUUACCGGAUUAUACAUGCCCAAACUGUGCCAGUGGUUUCAUAGAAAGACUCGAGAAUGCAGAAGAUCAUGAUGCUAACAUGGAAAUGAAUUCCGAAGACUUCAAUGAUAUUGAUUUCGAUGUUAAAUUAUCAGAUUGGUCAUCAGAACCUAAUAACUUUUAUUGA